GCCGAGGACGGCGCGACCUUUGCCGCCGGCGCCUCGGCUGACUCUCCCAAGCCCCCCAACCCUCGUGGAGCUGAGUUCCGCUGGAAAGACAUGACAGCGGACGAGCGCCGCGAUUUCGAGCAGGCCGAUCUUAAAGAAUGGCAAGCCACGUUGCCCACGGGGGCUGUUAGGGUGCUUUCCCGGGAGGAGCCCCGAGCCGUUCGGCGGAGGCAUCCGGGCCGGAUUCUGAGCUCCAGGAUGGUCAGGAGGAAGAAGCCUGUGGAGGGAGUCGGGAAGAAACCAGUCGCGAAGUCCAGGUGGUGCGCCCAUGGCCACCAGGACCCAGACGGGGAGUCUUUGCGGGUGUAUGCCCCGACCCCUCAGACCGAGAGCGCGGUCGCGACGUUGCAGGCUAUCGUUUCACACGGGUGGGCCCUGAACAUAGCCGACGCUAAGAAUGCGUUUUGCCCGAGCGAGAAGCUGAAACGACCCAGCGGUGCGAUAUUCGUGGAGCCGUGUCAAGGCCUGCCGCUCUCUGCUGAUCAACUGAUCGAGCUAGUUGCGCCAGUGUACGGCCUUAACGACGCUCCGCUUCUCUGGCACAGGACGUUGACCGAGUAUUUAGCGACCCUGGGCUUCCAAAAAUCGAUGCUGGAACCGUGUUUAUGGUUAAAGCGUGAUCGCUGGGGGGCCCUUGAGGGCCUGAUCUUGAUCGAAGUUGACGACCUGAUCGUUGCUGGUACUAAGGAGAUUGUUCCCGGGCUCAGGAAAAGUUUGACCUCCAGAUUCCACUUCGGCAAGUGGCAGGAGUCCGAGGCGGACUACGGGGGAAGGCACUUUAAGCAGUACGGCGAUCGCAUGUCCAUCGAUCCAGAGAAGUACAUUCGUGAGCAACUGUCGGUGCUCCAGCCGCAGGGCCAACCUUCCGCGAUGCCGCACCCCACUGUGGCGGAUGGACUGAUGCUCGUGAAGAUAUGUCGUUACCUGAAGGCGACCGCAUCGCAGCGUCUCACCGUCUGGGCCCUGGACCUUCAGUCUCUGUUGUUCGUGACCGCUUCUGACGCGGGGGGUCCCGGGAGCGCGAAACGCGGCGGGGCCCAAGGGGCCCGGUUGGUCCUGGCGGCCGACUCCGGGAUCCGCAACAACGCGCGCGCUCGCGUCUCUCUCCUGUCAUGGAGAUCCCAGCGGUUGAAGCGCGUGGUGGCUUCCACCGUGGCGGCGGAAACUCUUUUUCUCAGCAGCGCUGUGGCGGAGGCCCAGUGGCUGCAAGUGCUGUGGCGCGACUCCGUGCAUGGCGAUGCGCCCCGACCCGACUGGCACCAGGUAGCCGCCCCAUCCUCGGUCAUUUUGUCUCGAGAGUGCUCGUUGGGGGAAAAGGCCGAGGCCCUUUCCGUGGUCGAUGCGAAGAGUGCGUUUGACACUCUGUCCCGGAACACGGCCGGCUCUCGCGCGGACCGGCGGAAUUUUGUGGAGCUGGCGGUGGCGAGAGACAGUGUGGCCAGCAUCGGCCACUCGGUGAGAUGGCCCCCCCACGGCCGUAUGCCGGCCGACCCCCUUGCUCACGCGGACCCGGGCAAGGGCAACUUGGCCCUCCACGAUUUACUUCGUCGAGGGGCCCUCUGUCUGGUAGACGAAGGGGGACGCAUUAACGAGAGGGCCGCCCUCAACCUCUCGCUGAAGUCUCGUUCCCGGGGGGCCUCCCGCAAGGCCCUUAUGGACGAG